AAGCGAGGGCGGGCCACUAGUCUAAAAUAUUUACCUUUGCCUAGUACUAAGCCUGAGAAGUGUAUAUUAAUUUAGUAUUUUAUAACGUUUUUUUAUUUUGAACAUAAAUUUGCUUGAUUUACAAAUCUGUUUUGCAGCCUAAGCCACACUGGAAACUAGAUGAAAUUCGAAACGGCCAUUGAAUUGACAGAUUGGAUUUUUUCUUCUAAAAUUAUCUUUGUUAUUUUUUUUUUUAUUAUCUAAUGUUGUUUUAUCUUCCUGUAAACAUAUUUAGGUGAUAUACAAGAAAUAAAUAUGUAAACAUCUUUAAUCAAACUUAUUUUGAGUUUAGAUACCUUUGUUAUCAGCUCCCAGGUUAGGCAUAUAUAUAAUAGGGUCAAUGAGUGAUCUAAUUUAUGUUGUUUGACACACUGAGCGAAGAUGGUCGUGUCGUUAAAGAUAAUUUAUAUUGGCCUUGUACUUGGCCUUGUUGUAGCUUAUACGCAAGCCGCUAGUAUCAGCGACAAUAGUCUUCCUACCUAUGAUACGAUAGUAGUAGGUCUGGGUGCGUCUGGCACGGCCGCUGCUACUACACUAGCGCGCGCUGGGAGGAGAGUGUUGGGUCUGGAGGCUCAAGAGAGAAUCGGUGGUCGAGUAUAUACUGUGCCCUUCGACGAUGGCGUUGUGGAGGUGGGAGCUGAGUGGAUACACGGCCAAAUCGGCAGUCGUACCUACGAGUUGGCAGUGCAAAACAACGUGUCCAUAAUCGCAGACGAGACAUCUGUGGGCGGGUAUCGCUCAGACGGAACCCUAUUGGAUGACAAUACGAUGAACCUCAUGAAAGAGCUGGUGGAAAAAGGGAUGGAGAUCGCCGCCGAUUCACCAGAGCCACCCGAGCCUUUGGGACAGUACAUUACCAGAAAAUUAAUGCAAUAUAUAGAGAAGAAGCACCCUGAACUCCUGAACGACAAGGAGUUCUUAGCCCAAUUCUUUGAGUACAUGGACCUCAACAUUGAUACUUACGAAGCCACCACCAGCUGGAAUGACGUCAGCACCGCCAGCCAAUCCGUGGAACUAGAAGGAAACCAAGCCAUGAGCUGGCAUAGAAACGGAUACAAGACGCUCUUCGAAAUACUGUUGAACACGUACAGAAACGGAUCAGGUUUGCCGACAUUACAAUACAAGCUGAACACUGAGGUGACGAAGAUAACUUUGUCUGAGGCCCCGAAUAAGGUCUUUGUCACUUGUAAAGAUGGCAGCACUUAUGCAGCUGACAACGUGAUAGUCACACCUUCAGUAGCUGUUCUGAAGGAAAGACACGCAACCCUGUUUUCGCUGCCGCUACCAAAAGACAAGGUGGACGCUAUCAACAACAUCAAAAUGGGAGUCGAAAGCAAGAUUAUGUUCCGAUACCCGAACAGGUGGUGGGGCGAUAACGGUUUCUUUGCAUUCUUGUGGAGAACAGAGGAUAAGAGCGGGACAGAAGAUGUGUGGGUGAAGAAAAUCCCUGCAGUCAGCACUCCUAUGGGAGCCAGUAAUGUGCUCACAUUGUGGCUCACCGGGGAUUAUGCGGUUAUGGCAGAGAAUCUUCCGGAUGAUGAAGUCAGAGCGAAAGGGAUGGCUCUGUUGAGAAGAUUUCUGGGCGCAAACAUUACUAUACCCGAACCGGUAGAGAUGUUAAGAUCGUUAUGGCACAAGAACCCUCACGUUCUAGGCAGCUUCACGUACGAUGAUGUGGACUACCCCCACCACGUCACCGCGCGCGCCGAUCUCGCUCGACCAAUCACAGACGAGAAAGGUGUCCCGAGAAUCUUAUUCGCUGGUGAAGCGACGCACACGCAGCAGUUUUCGACGGUGCACGGAGCAGUCGACACGGGGUAUAGGGAAGCGAACAGACUGCUAGGAAAUACAGUUUGAGUUCCGAAUAGAGCGUUUCAUU